AUGGAUUUGGUUAUGAUGACAAAGGAUUCCAACUGGUGGGUGUUUACCCUACCAGCAUUUCUUGGUUCGAAAACUUUUCUUGACGAAUAUGUUAUCAUUUCCAUUGUUUUAGCCUUUCUGUCAAUCACUCUAAUCACCUGGGCUUGUUCCCCCGGGGGUGUAGCUUGGAAAAAUGGUCGUAACCAUAGUGGAAAAAUCCCAAUUCCUGGACCCCGUGGAUUUCCAAUUAUCGGUAGCCUUUUCACUCUAAGCCGCGGCUUGGCUCAUCGCUCUUUAGCCUCCGCGGCUUGGACUCAAAAAGCUAAACAGCUUAUGGCUUUUAGCCUUGGUUCUACCCCUGUAGUUGUGUCCUCCGAUCCUCAAAUAGCUAAAGAGAUUCUAACUUCUCCUCAGUUUGCUGAUCGCCCCAUUAAACAAUCCGCUAAGAGCCUUAUGUUUAGCCGAGCCAUCGGGUUCGCUCCUAAUGGAACUUAUUGGCGUUUGCUGCGCCGUAUUGCUUCGUCGCAUCUCUUUGCACCAAAGCGAAUUGCGGCGCAUGAANUAAACAAUCCGCUAAGAGCCUUAUGUUUAGCCGAGCCAUUGGAUUUGCUCCUAACGGAACUUACUGGCGUCUCUUACGCCGUAUCGCUUCUUCGCAUCUCUUUGCGCCGAAGCGAAUUGCGGCGCAUGAAACGGGCCGUCAACUUGACUGCUCCGUUAUG